AUGGCGCUGUCCGUGAAGUCCGUUCUCCGCUCCGGAAGGAAUGCCGUGUCGGUGCUUCGGCGACGGGCUUUUCACAGAAGCGCCCCGGCUGCGGUUCAGGUGACGGUGCGAGACGCCUUGAAUCAGGCCUUGGAUGAAGAGCUGGAGAGGGAUGAGCGCGUCUUCCUGCUGGGGGAGGAAGUGGCACAGUAUGACGGUGCCUACAAGGUGAGCCGAGGCUUGUGGAAAAAGUACGGAGACAAGCGCAUCAUUGACACUCCAAUUUCCGAGAUGGGUUUCACGGGCAUCGCGGUGGGGGCGGCCAUGGCAGGCCUGAGGCCCAUCUGCGAGUUCAUGACCUUCAACUUCUCCAUGCAAGCCAUCGACCAGGUCAUCAACUCGGCCGCCAAGACUUAUUACAUGUCGGCGGGGCUGCAGGCCGUGCCCAUCGUCUUCCGCGGGCCCAAUGGUGCUUCGGCCGGCGUCGCCGCACAACACUCCCAGUGCUUCGCUGCAUGGUACGCUCACUGUCCGGGACUGAAAGUGGUGAGCCCGUGGAACUCCGAAGACGCCAAGGGUCUCCUCAAAUCGGCUAUCAGAGACGACAACCCAGUGGUGUUCCUGGAGAACGAGCUGAUGUACGGCGUCCCAUUUGACAUGUCUGACGAGGCGCAGUCCAAAGAUUUUACCGUCUCCAUCGGCAAAGCCAAGGUGGAGAGGUCGGGGUCCCACGUCACUCUGGUGUCGCACUCCCGCUACGUGGGCCACUGCUUGGACGCCGCCGCCGUCCUGGCCAAGGAGGGAAUCGAGUGCGAGGUGAUCAACCUGCGCACCAUCCGGCCCAUGGACGUGGAGAGCAUCGAGGCUAGCGUCAUGAAGACAAAUCACUUGGUGACGGUGGAAGGCGGGUGGCCGCAAUUUGGGGUCGGCGCUGAGAUCUGCGCCCGGAUCAUGGAGGGUCCAGCCUUCAACUAUUUAGACGCUCCGGCCACAAGAGUGACUGGCGUGGACAUCCCCAUGCCUUACGCCAAAAUCCUGGAGGACAACAGCGUCCCGCAGAUCAAGGACAUCAUCUUCUCCAUCAAAAAGACUCUCAACGUGUAA